AAAAAGAGAGAGAGAGAGAGAGAGGUAAAACACACACAGCAGAACCUGCUCAACGGCUUCGUGCCUGACAUCAACUUCAGUUUCAGCUUCAAACCUUUCUUUCUAACUGAUAACUUAGAAAGUGAAUAAGCAAUAUUUCGUGAAUUCGACAGCAAACGAGCAGCGACAAAAUAACUUCCUAUUGCAAAAAACACCUUGCUCUCUCCACUCCUCUUCAUCCCUUCCCCCACGCGUCUCUCUACUGAGUCAUAUAUACAUACUCCCCGUUCAUGCGCUCGAGAGAGUACUGCUUUUUACCACCAGACGACACCCAAAUGAUCUGAUAUGAAACAAUGGCCAUCUUUAAUCUAUCUCGCUCAACCCGUCUGAGCAUCAUCAUCGCCAUCUCCCUCUCGUUCUUCCUCGUCGAGAUCUCAGUUGGUUUCUACACGCGUUCGCUAGCCCUGGUUGCUGAUGCGUUUCACUAUCUAAACGAUCUCAUCGGCUUCGUCGUUGCUCUCAUAGCGUUGAAGGUCUCCGAAAAACCAGGCGAACCCCCAAGCUAUCUCUCGUUUGGCUGGCAGCGUUCGUCGCUACUAGGCGCAUUCUUCAAUGGCGUCUUCCUGAUGGCGCUGGGCGUGAGCAUUAUUCUGCAGUCUAUUGAACGCUUCGUCUCAUUGGAGAAGGUCGAGAAUCCGGAGCUUAUCCUUAUCAUUGGAUGCGUGGGUCUUACGCUGAACAUCAUCAGCGUGUUUUUUAUCCACGAACAUGGGCAUGACCACCAUGGACACGGUCAUGGUCACAGUCACAGCCACGCUACCCCCGAGGUAGAUGCAGAGCAUGACCAAAACACCGUCAGGAUAGAACUUGAGAAUCAAGAGCAAGAAGACGCUCAUGAAAACCACCGACAUGCCACCAAUUCUCUGCCCGCCAAGCGGUCGCAUGACCUGGGAGUCAUGGGCGUGCUGCUCCACGUCAUUGGCGAUGCCAUCAAUAACAUUGGCGUCAUCAUUGCUGCCCUGGUUAUUUGGAAGGCAACGCAUGAAGGGAGAUACUAUGCAGAUCCGGGAGUCAGUCUUGGGAUCGGAAUUCUGAUUUUGGUUACAGCUAUUCCACUCGUGAAAAACAGCGGCUCCAUACUCCUUGACACUGUCCCACUCGGCGUUAAUCUAGACGAUGUGCAACAUGAUCUCGAAACGAUCCCCGGCGUCCUCUCAGUCCACGAACUGCACGCCUGGCGCCUGAACCAAAACAAAGCCAUCGCCUCCGCGCACGUCGUCACCUCCGACUCCUCUCUCGCCGGCUUCAUGGCACGCGCCCAGCGCAUCGGCGAGUGCCUGCACGCCUAUGGCAUCCACUCUGUCACGCUGCAGCCGGAGCUGGCGCAUUCUGGCUCGUCGUCUGUUGCUGGUGAUGUACAUGUACUUUCUUCAGAGGGGGAUGCGGGCACGGAUACCGGUACGGGGGGGCUUCGCUUGAGGAGGGAGGCGCGGAGUUCGACGUGUAAGAUUGUUUGUAGAAGUGGAUGUGAGGCGCUUACUUGUUGUGGGUAGCGGGUAGAAGGGAGAAUGGGAUUGACGGCGAGAUGAGGGCGUGUUUGUGUUCGACAUGUGUAGUUGGUGGUGCUUUCGAAGGAGGAGCUUUCUUAAAGAGAAGUAUAAGAUUUAAUUAACUUGAGAACGGGAAGGCUGGGUGGGUUUAUAUGUUUAUUUUUAAUUACAAAGGGAGGGAAAUAGGCGUUUUUCUGAUACAUGGUGUUCUCUGACAUAACUUGAGAGUUAUAUUAUUAUUAUUAUUAUUUAUCGGGAGAACGUAUGUUUAUCCCGCACAACGCAAGGAAGGAGUAGUCACAUACCUCGGCAUGCAUCAACGCAUCGCAUGGCGCAAAGCUGCAUCAUCUUCAUGGGGAAUUUGCAGAGUGUAGACUCUGGUGCGGGGAGGGAUGCAGAAGAACGGAUGCACCCGUCAAAGGGUUGGCACCGCUCCUGACGAGAAGAAUUCGAACCAUUUUAACAACCAAUGCAGGAAAUACAUAAUUAUGUAAGUUGGGAGGGCUAAGCCAUGAUUCCUCCUACCUACCUUUGAAGCUAUGCAGGCAGCAUUUUAAAGAUUCUGCUGGGAUGUGAUCUUCGCUAAUCUUAGGCCAUGAAGAG